GGAGGACCACACCGUGAAUCUUUUGAUCCUAAAUGGACCGAAUCAACCGGGUGGAACCUUAGAUCGAGGGGUGCAUGUUCUGGUGAGCUUUUUGUACAUAUGUAGUCGCUCAUCGUUCUCGAUCUUGACCUCGAAACUUUUCUCGAAAGAAGAAAAAAAAAAGGAACAUCAGACUUUCUUCUACUUCAACCCAACUACUUCCCCUCCUCUACCCAAUCCCCACAACCAUAACUACAUAACAAACAAGACCGACUUCUACUUUUACACUUUAUCCCUUCAAUUAAAGAGAACCUCACACACCCUGAACUUUUCCGACAUUCGUUUUCUCUCUUACUUCGGCUCACAAUAUAAGAUAAGAGAAAAGACAUAUCCCGGUCCGAGGCUGAGAUAAAUCUUUCAACUACCCCCUCGCCUCAUAGCACUUUCACUCUCUAAACGUUGGAAAUGUGCGAUUAUACUCAGGUUGAGUUUCGAUGUGGUCACGUUCGGUAUACAGUGCGGGCAUGGUGUAUCAAUUAUGAGACGACACAUCGCCGGUGCCCACCCAAUGUUGUGGCCGUCGAGUUUAGGUUAGGUGAAUCGGAAAUGUGCGGAGACUGUAAACACGUGGGAGAGAUGCCAGAAUGGUAUUCUCGAAUCACCAAAAAGACGGCUCGCCUUCACCUAUGAUGAAUAAUCGACUCGCUCAUACUCGGGACUUGUGCUCAUCCAUCUGUUAUGUAUGACGACGAAACCUGGGAACGACAUAGGGAACAAACGAAAAGCACCAAAAGAACUGAAAGAAAUAAAAGAAGAAGAACGUCAUCGGAUCAAUCGGAACCAGGACGAAGGAGGCGAAGACUUUUCUGAAUCAUCACCGGCCUGGCAUACUUCUUACUUUACCACAUGUUUGUAUAGUAUGCUGGACAUAAAUGAUUCCAACACAAGGAUUUUUGGGCAAUGCAAAGAAUAACACUGGAAUGGAGCAAGGGAACUGGAUGGCUUAUGUUAUGGGAAUGGGUAUGGGUACGGGUACGGGUAUGGAGUAGGACAUCUUUUUUAUACAGUACAUAUCCAGCAACGGAUGGAGGAUUGGGAAAUUAUUAAGAAGGACAGAUCAGGCAAGGAAUGGGAUGGGAUGGGAAGGCGUUCUCCCUAUGAAUAGUGUGGUGCAUUUCGGGAAGGAUGUCACUUUUUCACUGGAAAUUUACUCGCAGGAUAAGGGACUUUCAUUUUUUCUACGAGUAUCAAGAUUCAUAUGAAUGAUAAUGGAUCAUUGAGAAUGAGAUGUAUGUAUUCCACAUACAACAUUCUUACAUAUCAAACACAAGCGCAUCCGCAAACCAAAGAUGCAUUCCUCUCUUCUUCUUUUUCUCUUUAUACCACUUCCAGGAUUCGGGAAUGUUCCAGGCCGAAAUUUGUCUAGAAACUAGAGCAAUCCGUAUUUCACGGCCACAAAACACAAGAAAGAAAGACAAACGAACCAAAACGGUUCCAUCCGUUAGGCAUCCAAGAUUUUCCAAUAUCUCAGGGGAAGACAAUCUCAUCCACUGGUCAUGGUAACACACAUCUUACAUCGUACAUCCAGCGUCUAGCUUCCUCCUCCCACCACCAAAGACCGGGACAAAAAAGGCAUGAUAGAACUCAACUUACCGCAAGAGCCGGCCGUAAACCUCCCAUCUCCCCUUUCCCCCAGACCUGGAAAUUCACUACCGGCCCGCGUUCAAGACAGGAGAAGCCCUCAACAUCAUUGCUCGAAAAGUAUUGGAUGAUGGGGAAGUACAAGUUAUGCAGCCAGGGGCCUUCUACAUAUACUUUUUCUUUAUUUUAGAUUUUUCACAUGAACGCUUGGACGAGUGGAGCGGCUUGGGAGGACGGGAGAUUCGAUGCAGAAGAUGUCAUCGACAGGUAGGUAGGUACCUGUGCAUAGCCGUCGCGUCCGCUUUGAUCUGUUUCGUUUCGUCUCAGGGAGUCAUGCCAUUUUAUGCACGGGUCAUGAUUGCGAAUUCAUUGCGUGUGGACAGGAUGGAGGGGUAAAUCGAUUAUCUGAGAUUUCGAUGUAAUAUUUUUACUACCACUCUUCGGAAUGUCUUUAAUUCGACUCGGGAUAUUCUUGUCAUAUCAACUUUUUAUGAGAAAGGUGGUGUGGCUAAGGAAGUGGGAGAUCUAGGUGUGUUUCGGAAGGCACUUUGCAUACUUGGAUAUGUGGACCUGUGUAUCCUUUGGUUGCUGAGUCGAUGCACUGCGCAUCUUUAUGCACGACGAAAGAUGAAAUGUAACUACAGGAGAAAGACAUUGGAUCGAUUAUAUUCUAUGAAUAUCAUUUGUCUACACGAUUAUUUGUUAUCAUUUCUGGGCGAUAAUAGAAGGAUUGUACAAUGUGUAGCUUCUGUGGCGCGCCAAGGAACUGGAGAGAAGAUUCUGAAAAAAUUGAGAAGUUUUGAGGAGGGGUCGAAAAUGGGAAUUGAUUAGUGGUAUGUACAGACAGAGUAUGUAUGUAUGUAUAUAUGUAUAUAUGUAUGUAUGUAUGUGCUGGCUACCGGCGUAGUACGCAGAUCCAAAGGGUGUUUGUUGUGUUGAUCAUCAUGAUUUGGGGAUUCCCAGUAUCCGGGUUAAAGAACGGUGUGGGGGAUUUGCAGUGUAGAAUUAGAACUUGUACGCAGGAUACAUAGAUAUUCGGGAGGGAAAAGAAAAAGGAAAAGGAAAGGAAAAGGAAAAGGAAAGGAAAGGAAAGAAAAGAAAAAGAACGACGACAAAAAGCGAGAAGUGAUGAGAAUAAGGAGGCGAGGUAAGAAAGGUAUCGUCGACGGUGAAGAGCAUCGGGAUUCUUUUACGACAUGAUUAGACACCUAGGUAAGUGACUUGUGCCGAGAUCCAAUCGUGAAAGGUCAACAAUUGCCGAGUUCGGGCACGCAUUUAUACGGAGAGAUAUAGAUGGAUGGGAUUCUGGCACAUGAGAUUGUUAUGCCCUACGCGAUGAUAUGUGAAAGAUGCGGUCCAAUACCAUGGUUAACCUAGAUGUGAUGCGUUGUUGUGUGCGGGGUCCAGGAUCGUGGAGUGUGGGAGCUUUGUGGGCGUGUGAGGUUAAGCAAUGUGAGAGAUGAUUGAUGGUCGUGGUGGAAUUCUUUUCGUAUGUAGUGUUACUGUACGUCUUUCACUCGUCCUCUGUCUUGGCUCAGGUCAGGUAGGGAGGAAGGGAGGUUGGUUGUUUUUUUGUUGAGUAUGCGGUGAAGGGCUUGAUUGAUGUGAUUGAUACGAUAAUGAUAUGAUAAUGAUAUGAUGUAAGCUUGACGUACUUGAUAGAAUAGAAAUCAAGAAAUGGAUCGCUCUUCGCUUCGCUGCUAUCA